AUGCAGAAAGUGCCCGCCGUCGUCCAGGACGGGAGCGUGGACUUUGGCAUGCUAGCAAUGAGCGGGUUGUGCUGGGUGGUGAGGAGAAUGGAUCUCCUGACCGGCGCCCUCCGUCGCAGUGCGACCAGCAUGGACAAGGUCAACGUCUCGGGGUUGAAGGGGCUGCGGAGUGCGAUGAUAACCUUCAUCAAGGAGCACGUCGCUUUGAAACGGUCGGGCCAUGUCGGAGUUGCUGCCGACGCCUGUGACGACGACGGCGAGGAGCCCCCGUCGGCAUCCAAAGCAGUAGGCAUCGUCCACCCCGUCGAUGAUGCGCGUGGGACUUCGAUCGGCGAGCCCGUCGGCGGCGUCGACAAGGAAGAUGAGGAGGCAGGAAGGGCGGUGACUGAGACCGCGGAGAAGCACCAGGAUGAUAACGAGGAUCAGGAAGAGGAGGAUGAUAACGAGGAUCAGGAAGAGGGGGACCAUGAGGAUCGUGAGGAGGAGGAGGAGGAGGAGGAGGAGGAGGAGGAGGAGGAGGAGGAGGAGGAGGAGGAGGAGGAGGAGGGGGGGGGGCUCGGCGACGAAGGAGGAGGAGGAGGAGGUGGAGGAGGCGGCGAAGCAGAAAGAGGGGGAGCAGGAGGAAGAGGUCGAGUGGGAGGUCAUGGAGGAGGGGAGGCUGCCGACGAGGAGAAAGUCGGCGUGGAGGCGGCUCACGAGGGGGGUGGGAGGUCGACGGAUGUGAACGAGGGAGGGGAGGCUGCCGACGAGGAGAAAGUCGGCGUGGAGGCGGCUCACGGGGGGGGGGGGGGGGGUGGGAGGUCGGCGGAUGUGAACGAGGGAGGGGAGGCUGCCGACGGGGAGAAAGUCGGCGUGGAGGCGGCGCACGGGGGGAGUGAGAAGGUCGUGGUCGGCGAUGUGGAUCCCCACGCGAAGGAAGUUAUCGACCUCGAGGCCGGUGGAGAGGGGGAUGCCGCCGCAGCCACGAAGCAGACGGGCGUGGAAGGGCCUACCGAGGCCACCGCAGGGAAGGCCGUGGGGGAGCGGUCAAGGAAGAAGAAGGCGGCGCGCGGUCAUCCCGGUUCCUCCGCAUCUGCUCUGCAGACACCGCUGGACGUCGUCGAGCAGCUGCGACAAGAGAACAGACGGUUGACGGCAAAAAAUGCCCGUUUGAAGAAGGCGCUCGGAGAGGAGAAGGGUCGGGUGGACAGUUUUGCGUUGGGGGCACGUGCACUGAUGGACAAGCUCAAGAAGUUGGCCGACCAGGUCGCCGUCUCCGACCAGAAGGCGGCGAGUCGGCUGCUAGACGCGACCUUGUCCAUGUCGACAACCGUCACGGACAACAUCACCGCCAACAUGGGCGACGCAUGGGAGGCGAUGAAGUAA